GCAAGGCUGUUCCCUUUGUCGAGUUGACCGUGGCCCAUGCGUCUGUUCUCACCAUCUUGGCCAUCAGUUUUGAACGGUACUACGCCAUCUGUGAACCGCUGAAGGCAGGUUAUGUCUGCACCAAGGAGAGGGCGCUGCUCAUCUGUUUUUGCGCGUGGGCGUUCGCAGCAAUUUUCACAAGCCCCAUCUUGGCAGUAGCAGAGUAUCGUUUCGAGGAAUACUGGGACGGAUCACUGGUGCCCGUAUGCGUAACGCCGGCUGACACUUUCUGGAAGGCCACCUUCUUCAUUGGCACUAUCUCCAUAUUCUUCGGCAUCCCCCUUGUCCUCUUGGUGGCGUUGUAUAGCGUGAUUGCUCGUCAUUUGAUGGUGUACCCCGGAAUCAUGGCAUCGAACCAGCAAAGCAACCAACAGCCUGUGACGCCCAACGCCAUCAAGUACCGGAAACAGGUCGUCAUGAUGCUGGGGACUGUGGUGCUGUCCUUCUUCAUCUGCCUGCUGCCAUUUCGUGCGUUUACUCUAUGGAUCAUAGUUGUGCCACCCGAGGAUGUCAUGGCACUAGGCUUUGCCGGCUACUACAACUUGCUCUUCUUUUGCCGCAUCAUGCUGUACCUAAAUUCAGCCAUCAACCCCAUCUUGUAUAAUCUCAUGUCAUCCAAGUUCAGAGACGGCUUCAUGAGGCUAUGUGGUGUGAAGCGCUGUAAGAAGAGCCUUGGCCGAAAGGGCACUUUCAACACGACCACCUCUACAACCACCUGCUCCAGCAACAACAGAAUGUCUCCCGAAGGGUUUUGGAGGCGCAGCCUAACGCGUGGUUCUCUUGGAGGUGAUUCGCUACGUGGUGUUCUGCAAAGGAAGGCGUCCACUACGUCUUCGGAUUCAGCCAGCGGUCCAGCCGAAAGGGUGCCGCAGCACAACACGGUGACCGUUGUGCGUCGCAUGGAUUCCUGUCUGCCUGCUACUCUCCCGCCCCAGUUGAACGGCGUUCAUCGACCACUCAUGGAAGACGUGCCGGAAGACGCGCUUGAAGACGAGGCACAGCGCGCCCUUGACGAGAGUUUUGUGUGACUUUCUUGGCGCGCUGUCAAAACUGCGAAGGUUGUAGUGGGUCCGAACCAAAGACUUAUCGAAGUGCUUUACGUGGUGCGUUUGCCAAUUUCGUUACCGGUUCCAAAUACCUUGUGACAUUGAGUCGUUUAGUAUCUCCUGAAUGAAAUUACGGAAUAAGCUGGUAAAAGAGUAUUGUUACCACAUCAGUGAGCAUUUAGUUUGCCGUGGAAAUUGAACUUGUCAUUACUGGUUGAGGAAGUCUAUUAAAUUAUUUUAUUAUCUCGAAAUACUGAGUGGCUCGUAGCGAGAUUAUAAGGAUUUUGUUCCAGCGCACUAUAACUAAAAGAUGUGAACUGUUCAUUUCACAGUACAAUGACAGCAUUUGUAAGGUUGCGAGAUGAGAAAGCUGAGAUAGUUAACUGUAAAUUCAAGACUGACUACGUACUGCACAGUGAAUUUUGUAAGCCUGCUAUGUAGUUCGACGAGUUCUAGAUACAUACAUUUGCUUAUAUAAGCUUCAUAAUAAUUCAUAAUUUUGAUUUUAUUGCAGUAUGUCAAUAGAAACAUUUAUUAUAGUUAGGUUAAUAUGCAUGUACAUUUAUGAUUGAAUUAUCGGCAAUAGCCGAGCACUGAGUACUUUAAUGACUAUAUGAUUCACAUAUUUCAAAAGGUACUAAUCAUAGUAACGGGUAUUCUAUGUAUGUCUCAGGGAAAACUCUGUUGGCAUUAAUUAGGGUUUAAUUCUAUACUCUUCAGUGUUUGAUCUCGUCUUCUCAUGAAUCUGCUUUAAUUGAUUACCAAACCCUGUGUCCAGUCGACUUGUUUGUUGUUACACGAUCAAGUGGAUAUUGAUGUAAUGUAUAUCAGUUAUAUGGAAGUUACUCAAAGUAUGAAGAAGAAGGGCAGAUGGCAGAUCGAUCGGUAGAUCCGUGGCGUAGCGUCGACGUUAAACAUGCAGUUUACAAUCACGUUUGAAAUGCACCUCAAAUGCUUACCAUGUUUUGAUCACACAAAUUACACUCUGUAACCACCAAUGCAACUGAUGUAGGCCGAAAACUCGCGGUUUUCAAUAGGUAUGCGUUUAGUUUAUGGUGCUUUCAUAUGGUUAGACGCUACGCUCUGCUACUAAGUGGUCAUAUUGUUCUCUUCUUCAUACUAAGUGACUCCCUCAUGUCAUGGCAUUUUGAAUCUCAAAAGCUUAAAUGUGCAUAUAAUAUAUAUUUACCUCGGUCGAAUGCUAAACAUUUCUUGACAUAGAUAAAGAAAAGGCAUCGGCGACCUAAACCAUGUGCGUUAAAGGUAGACUGACACUUAGCUCAUCCGUUACGCGCAUAAUGCUCAUAGAAGUGUGCACUAAUUAUUGUAGUACAUGUAUUGUUGCCUCCAAUGCGCAUUAAAAAAGGUAAAACUUCAUUUAGUACGCACCACACGCCUAUGAUGAGCUAAUAAUGUACUACCGCUAGUGUGCAUUUACAUGUUCAUUUCGCGCUGCUCGGGAUCCACUGUGUCCGAUCUGUUUGCCGUUUCUGGUAAACGUUUUUGUCUUGACGUUUUUGAGUGUUUUUAACAUGCAUUUUGAAUACUCUCUGUAACACCUGGGAGACAAAGGUAUUAAUUAUGGGCCCGUAUGGCGGACACACUAAGUGAAAGGCUACCUUGUAAAAAGAAUUUAGUGUUCGAUGCUAACAUUACUUUCAACGAAGAGACGACCAAGAAUCUAUUUUAUUGUGAUUGUCCUGAAUAAUAGAUCUGUUGUUUUUUUAUUGUGUCUCAGCAUUUACUAGACAAACGAUAUGAUACUAAUGUAUCACGUAAGAGUGUGUUUAUUAACGACAGUAUGGUGGAAAUAGUCACGGUAGAUUGUGAUACCUAAGUGUUUUCGUACAAAUAUAUUGAAUAAUUUUUUCAUAUGUGUAUUUCAAGAUUACCGCAAUAAAACAUUAUUUAUUACCUUAUAA